AAUUUUUAAUCAUCCUUAGGUAUUUUUUUCGCACAAAAAUCCAGGAAAAUCGCUCACAAAACCUGCGAAAAUUGUGAAAAAGUGUUCCUCGAAGUUUCGCGCAACGUAAAAACAUGAAAUUCACGUAAAAAGUGCUUGCAAAAUGUGAAAAUUUCGUGAAACAAAGAGACACAGAAAACACUUUCUCAUCUAUUAUGGUGGUGGAAUAUCGAUUUUUAUCAUGAAGAAAUAUUUUCCUUGAAAAUCAGAUGUUCAUUUGAAGUUUCUUUGUGCGAGUGAAAAAUUUUUGUGUUUUUUCCGAGGAAAAUUUUUGAUUUUUGUAGAGAAAUAGGAUCAAAAAUUAGUUUAAAUACAGUCAAGUUGCCAAUUAUUCGCACAAACAUAAGUAUCGAGACUUCUUGGAAAUCUUGUUGAAAAAAGAAAAAUGGACGAAAAGUGAAAAUUCUUUGCAAUAAGUUGUUCAGAAAGAAUUUAAAAAGGGUUUCGAGCAAUAAAGAAUUACAAAAAAAUGAAUGAACAUUAAAAAUAAGAAAAAAAUGUUCUCACGUGAAUUCAGGGGAAUUGCAUAGAGAACGAGAACUACGAGGACGACCAUCAUGGAGUCUGUAACUAAAAGCAGUAAUUACCAAAGUUCAAACGGUAGUGGUGCCGGAAACAAUAAUAAUGAUAUUGGCAAGUCAAGUAGCUCAAAGCAGCAGCAGCAGCAGCAACAACAGUUAGCUAGCACAAAUUAUGUCAAUGUAGUUCCAAUUCAAUAUCAGCGGAGGAAGUAUUCGCAACCAAUUGACUAUCAAACUCGUCUCGUUUACGGUGAUUACUCUCAGCAACAAGGAGCCAAUAGUCGCGGCGAGUAUUCUUUGUCGUCGACGCCCGUGCCAUUGCAAGGUCAACAAGACACCGACAGCCUAGCGAACUCCAUCGUCUCAGGCGCCAUUUCGCCCGUGCCGAAUGCAAACAGUGCAACGAUGCAACGCGUGAUUUCGACAAAUCAAAUUUGUCUCGAUGGCAAUGGAAACGCCGCCGCUGCCGCCAGUAUGCAACAAUUGCAAGUACAACAACAACAACAGGACGACCAACAACAAUCAUCUAGUAGCUUUUCGAUAAAUAAUAAUAGUAACAAUAAUUAUAACACACCAAAUUCGGCGCCGGCUGCUGGUGUGGCAUACGCGAGUAGUAAUGUGCCACCGGUGACAGUGCCGCGACCCAUGCAAAAGGUCAUUCCGACGGUAGUGUAUCUGAUGUCGCGCAUUGCGGUCCACAUGGAAAUUGAAGGCACAUCGUUGUGUCCGGCGCAAGUGAUGCUCGCUGCGGCAUUGGGAUGUGAGGAAUUGGGCAUCUCGAAUAAGUUGCUGGCACAAAGUGUUUUUGGACUGUGGAUGUUGAGUCCGUUGCUGGAGAUCCAAUUGAAGCCGCAUCAUAGGCCGUAUGCCGUGCGAGUUGCUUGGUCGAAGCUGAUUGAGCAGUACAGCAACGGGAAUGGCAUGACACGGAAAAAUGACGAUCCCAUGAUUACGCUACGACGAAAUGUCUUUUAUCCAAGGAAGGAGGAAGAAAAGUUGAAAGACGCACGAAUACUCGAACUGCUGUAUGAGGAAGCACGUUACAACGUUUUAUACGGACGUUACAUCAUGGAACCCGCACACUCAAUUAUGCUCGGUGGAAUUCAAGCACGCAUCGAAUGUGGCCCUUACAACGCUAAUCUGCACACGACAAGUUAUUUUAGAGAGAAUCAAUCGCGAUUCUUGCCUGCACACGUCGCCAAAAACACAAAUUGGUCUUGGCUUCCAAUCAGUCGAAGGACUUCCGCCGAGGUAAAGUUGCUCGAGCAGUUCAAACGGGUUCCGACAUCGGCAACGACACGCAAACUCAUGCGAAAAUACCUUGAAUUUUGUUGGGCGCUUCCAUUUUAUGGUGCUGCAUUCUUUCAUGGCCAAGUCGAGCAACCAGUGAGAGGUCUUAUGAGUCUACUAGCGCAAAAGGACAAACCCGUGCUAAUUGCCAUCAAUGAACGGGGCAUCUUCAUCAUUGAUCAUGCGGAAUCGACACUUUUACUCGGACUGCGAUACGAAGAAUUCUCGUGGGAUUUUGCGAAACCUAACAAUCCGGAUGAUCCAGAGUGUCUCCCUUGUAUAUUUUUAGAGUUCGACGCUGUGGAAAAUGGCAUUAGCGUUACAAAAUUAAUCCAAGUAUUCUCGAAGCAAGCUGCCAUGAUGGACGCUCUAAUAUCACAUUUUACGGAGCAAAUUAAGCGACGAAAGGAGAGUAACGCUAGUGUAGAAAAUACUCCUCAAAUGCCAGCAUUAGAUCCAGAAAAUGAUGAACCAAAUCCAAUCCAAAACAGCGGCAACGGUGUUCUCUGCAACAAAUUAUCCAAGUUAAUCACAAUUACAUUUGAAGGCGGUCGAUGUAUUGGACAGAUGGGUUCUCUAUCGAUUAGUUAUUAGUACGUAAGGAUAGAUUUAAACAUUUCUUUCAUUAAUUUUUAAUAAGA